AUGACGACCUCGCCGCGCAAGACGGUGGCCAAAGCGCAGGACGUGCUCAAGGCGCUGACGCGACACCAAGCCCACCACGAGAUUUCAAUCAUCAAGCUGAGUGAGCCUAUCACGAGCUAUAGCGCCGAAGAACCGAGACAAAGAACUUCAGAUGCUUCGAACUCGGCACUGGAGGGCCCGACGCCGGCAGGCCUAGAAGCCGACCUGGCGCAUUACAGCGAGCUCUUUUCAAAACUGCGAUUCUCCUACGUCGAGCAAGUCACCAAGGAGAAAUUCAUACGCGCCAUCGUGGGAGACCCGCCGCUGAUUGUCAGCAUGCGGGAGAAUCUCGAGUUGGAGACGCAAAACUUGGCGGCAAAGGCGGAGCUAAAGAAGCUCAAGCAGGACGUUGCGAGCAUGGUGGACGACUUGGAGCACAAGGCCCGUGAGCUCAGCCAACAGUACGCGAGCAUCCAGCUGGAAACGGCGCGUCUGGAGGAGCUUCCCACAAAAAUCCGCGAUCUCGAGGCGCGAGUGGCGGAGCUGAAGGCCUCCAGGGCCACAGCGGACUCGAACCCCGAGCUUAACUUGCCGCUCAGCAAGACGAGGCAGCUCGUGUCGCGUCGGCAGGCAGAGCAGCAGCAGGUAACGCGCGAGCUCAAGGCCCUGCAGUCAAAAGUCCCUCAUAAGAGGAAGGAGGUCGAGCGGCUGGAGGCGGAGCUUGGUCCUCUGGAGACGAAGAGACAGAACAGCAGGGCCGCGGCGCGCGAGGCGAAGCGGAGGAGGGAGGCAGCACUCGGCGGGGUGGGCGACGACCUGGAGCAGCGGGCGAGAUGGUGGCGAGCCAGCGAGAGCAUACUCACGCAGCUGUUGGAUAGCAAGAGCGGAUGA